UAUAGAAGAUAUGGUGGCCCCUCAAAGAAGAAGCUUAGAACUCAUACCUAAUGAGGGCACUCGGAAGAUGACCUUUCGGAAGCGAAAGAAGAGUAUAUAUAAAAAGGCCGACGAGCUUUCGAAGCUUUGUGAUAUUGAUGUUUGCUUGAUCGUCUAUGAAGCCGAUCAAAAGAAGGGGAGGGCAGUUCAACCGGAGACGUGGCCGCGAGAUCCAACUCAAUUCAAACGCAUUCUCAACAAGUACAAGGAUUCUAAGGAUAUGUCUGCGCCCGGUUUGAAGAGAAACUUUGAUAUGUCCGAUUUUUAUGAGGAUAAGAAAGAUCACAUGGAUAACGAUGAUGAAAAGUUUCAAAAUUUAGGGAAGAACCCGACAAAGUUUCAAAAUUUAGGGAAGAAGAUUUCUGAGGAGGAGUACCUGACAUGGAAUGAUCGAAUAGAUGAUUUUUCGCAGGAAGAAUUGACUAAGCUCAUUGCUUCACUCGAAUCUAAGAUACAAGUUGCAACCAAGAAGAUUGAUUCUAUGGAAAGAUAUAUGGGGUUUGCUAAGAAACAAAAUCAAAGUUUGGUCCGGGAAGAGACUAAUCAUGAUGAGCAGCCGGCCUAUCAAGUCCCUGCUUUGAUGUCUCCUCCAUCACUUGUGCAUUAUCCAAUGUUGCCAAGUGCAUGGGUUUCAAGAUCAGAAUCGGAGAAAAGCUAAUGACAACUUGACAAAAUCAGUUCGGUUUUGAUCCUUUGUAAUCGAAUUUCUAGUAUUGUUUAGUUCAAUUUUGAUGUACCUUUUGGCUAGGGAUAAUAUAGCCCUAU